CGAGGAGGAAGAGGAGGAGGAAGAGGAUGGUGCUUUGGAAGCUGCUUCCUCGUUUGCACAGUUUACAGUGUACUGAAUGCUUUAGUGAGAGAACCGGAGCGAGAACCGGAGCUGAGGCACCUGGUCGCGGCGCCUCAGAGACCUGGCUCACUGUGAAUCUGAACUCAGCGGCCUCUCCUGGGGCUGUGAGGGGCUUCCACCACAACUACCGCUACCCCACUUUGCAGAUGACAGAGGGCAGCUGCCAGAGCACCCAGCACCCUCAGCCGAUUCUGCAUGCAGCCCAGGCUGGGACCCAGGCACCCCAUCUCCAUCCAGCCCAGUGUUCCUGAGCAGAUGGCUCUCCAGCAGCGGAUCAGGAAGGCAGGGCUGCUGCCUUCAACCAGGCAGAAUAGCAAAGUCCAGUGGUUUGGAGAAGAUGGGGAGCCCCGAGGAUGACCUGAUUGGGAUUCCGUUCCCCGACCACAGCAGCGAGCUCCUGAGCUGCCUCAAUGAGCAGCGCCAGCUAGGCCACCUCUGCGACCUCACCAUCCGGACGCAGGGCCUGGAAUACCGUACCCACAGGGGGCCGGCCGCCGGGGGUGCAGGGGCCGGAGUGUGCGAGCUGGACUUCGUAGGGCCGGAGGCGCUGGGCGCCCUGCUGGAGUUUGCCUACACAGCCACCCUGACUACCAGCAGCGCCAACAUGCCGGCUGUGCUGCAGGCGGCCCGGCUGCUGGAGAUCCCGUGCGUCAUCGCCGCCUGCAUGGAGAUUCUGCAGGGCAGCGGGCUAGAAGCCCCCAGCCCCGACGAGGAUGACUGUGAGCGAGCCCGCCAGUACCAGGAGGCCUUCCCCACAGCCACGGCCUCCGCCUCAGCCUCAGGAGUUCACAAUGGUGAAGACAGCCCUCCACAGGUGCCCCUCCCGCCACCGCCACCACCACCUAGGCCUGUCGCCCGCCGCAGCCGCAAGCCCCGCAAAGCUUUCCUGCAAACCAAGGGGGCCCGGGCGAACCACCUAGUACCAGAGGUGCCCUCGGUGCCUACACACCCCUUGACCUAUGAGGAGGAGGAAGUGGUGGGCAGAGGGGGCAGCAGUGGGGGCAGUGGGCUGGGGGACAGCUACAGCCCUCCCACAGGGACUGCCUCACCUCCUGAGGGGCCUCUGAGCUAUGAGGCCUAUGAGGGGGAGGAAGAAGAGGAGGAGCUGGUCUACCCCCCUGCCUAUGCCCUGGCACAGGGCAGUGGGCCUCCGCUGUCUCCAGAGGAGCUAGGCUCGGAUGAAGAUGCCAUUGAUCCUGACCUGAUGGCCUAUCUAAGCUCCCUGCACCAGGAUGCCCUAACACCGGGCUUGGACGGCCAGGACAAGCUGGUGCGCAAACGCCGCUCCCAGAUGCCCCAGGAGUGCCCGGUCUGCCAUAAGAUCAUCCACGGAGCAGGCAAGCUGCCGCGCCACAUGCGAACCCACACGGGCGAGAAGCCCUUUGCCUGCGAAGUCUGCGGCGUCCGCUUCACACGGAACGACAAGCUCAAGAUCCACAUGCGGAAGCACACAGGAGAGCGCCCCUACUCGUGCCCGCACUGCCCGGCCCGCUUCCUGCACAGCUAUGACCUCAAGAACCACAUGCACCUGCACACGGGGGACCGGCCCUACGAGUGCCACCUGUGCCACAAGGCUUUCGCCAAGGAGGACCACCUGCAGCGCCACCUCAAGGGCCAGAACUGCCUGGAGGUGCGCACCCGGCGGCGCCGCAAGGACGAUGCGCCACCCCACUAUCCACCACCCUCCGCCACCACCCCUUCCCCGGCUGGUCUCGACCUCUCCAACGGCCACCUGGACUCCUUCCGCCUCUCUCUGGCUCGAUUCUGGGAGCAGUCAGCCCCAACCGGGCCCCCGGUCUCCACCCCGGGGCCUCCUGAUGACGACGACGAGGAGGGAGCACCCACCACACCCCAGGCUGAAGGUGCCAUGGAGUCCUCUUAAAGAGGGAAGAGUGGCCAGGCUGGAGCAGCACAAGGCCAGGGUCACCCAUGCCAAGCAGUGGGAGCACGCGGGACCGACAACUGGGGUCAGGGCUACUUGAUGGCGCAGAGCCCUCAUUCCAACUCCAAGCUGAGAAGGGUUUGGGGCAGAGGCUCCCCAGAUCGGAGUGACCCCCCCAAGGCGUGAAACAUAUGACAUGUAUAUAUUUACAGCUCUAUUGUAAAGGUGGGGUCCCUGUCCCCAGCUGCUCCUGGGGAGUAGAAGCAAUAAUGUAUUUCUGAUUGUGGGGU